CAUCAUUCAGGCACCUGCAAAGGACCACAUGGUCAUGAAGCAAACCUCUGUCUGUCACUGCAGAGUUGAAACAGCAUUGGAAAUAACGCCGUUGCUUAGCAACAACCCCAAACGGUAAAGUAGUAGAACUCAACAUUGAGGUUAAAAGAACACCGUCACUGAUUGGAUAAUCAAUUCGACGGACCAAUCAGUGAAGACGUUGCUCAAAGAGGCAACGCUUUGAGUUUUGAUUUUGGAAGCUAACGUUAGCCGCCGAAGCUCAGCUACUAGAAGAUGUCGGUCAAGCGGGCGAUUGGCGAUUCAGAGUUUUUAAAGAAGAGGAUUCCACAGAACCCCAAAUAUCUACAUGUAAAAACAAGACUUGAUACAGGCUACAGCCUGACAAAAUACAUGGAGAGACUAGAGGAGACCAGGAAAAACUACAGAUAUAAGAAGGACGAGCUAUUUAAAAGACUGAAAGUGACUACAUUUGCACAGCUGGUACUCCAAGUUGCUUCAGUGUCAGAUCAGAAUGACAACAUUAAAGAUGAAAUGCCAGGAUUAGACGAUGAUGUUUCAAUAUUCUCGGCGUCACCGGGGCUCGACCGUCUCUCCGAUCAGACUAAUUGCUCCCCAGAGCCGACACUUCUCAACCCACAGAGUAUCAACAAUGACGAAUCCGGUGACAAUGGGUUUUCUUCUAGAUCUACACUCCAAAGUGUCAUCAGUGGCGUGGGAGAAAUGGAUCUGGACAAGAAUGGACAGAAGACCAUCCGACUGUCUCCAGUGUCUACCUCCAACAUCACAGAGUGCCCUUUUCCUGACUGCCCGUAUCUGUUGCUGGAUGUGCGGGACAGAGAGCAGUAUGACCAGUGCCAUAUUAUAAGUGCAUAUAGUUACCCCAUUGCGACCUUAUCGAGGACAAUGAACCCAUACACGAAAGAAGUCCUUGAUUAUAAAAAUACAUCGGGAAAGAUCAUAAUUUUGUAUGAUGAAGAUGAGAGGAUAGCAAGUCAGGCGGCCACCACCAUGUGCGAGAGAGGCUUCGAGAAUCUCUUCAUGUUGUCAGGGGGUUUAAAAGUGGUUGCUCAGAAGUUCCCUGAGGGAAUGACAACAGGCUCCAUUCCCAUCUCCUGUCUGCCGUCACCCCCGGGACCUGGAGGUCGUAAGCGAUCGGUGCCACAGCAGACGUCACAGGCAGCGGAAAAAAAGUGGCGGUUCACCUCGGAGGACCUUAACAAAAUCCAGCAUUACCUAGAGGAGGUGUUCAUACCCAGCGAGCCCAGCAGUCGCCUCAGCAGCAGAAUGUCCACCAGCAGCGCUCGUUCCAAAGCGUCUACAGCUCGGAGCAGUCGACAGGGCUCAUCCAUUGUAGGAUCAGAGAGCGCUCGUUCACGGAGCAGUCGACCUUGGAAAUAACCUUCAGUUUCACUCGCACCAUUGUCAUCUUCACUUCAGUGCAAAUAAAGCCUUUAUAUUUUACUUUUGCAGGAUUCCUGUGAACAUCUGUGAUGGACACUCUAAACUACUGGCCACAUGCACAUGGUUUAAUUCUCAGAAGUACACUGGAAGAAACUGAACAUUUUUGGUCCUGGUACUACACACAAAUGGCACUGUUUUACGAUUUCAGUUAAUACACAUAUCUACGCACUGUAGACUUUAAAUCCAAACUACAUGUUUAAAAUCUAAUCUAAUUUUUACUAUAAUGAUGGUAUAGGAUGUCUAGGGUUUGACAUCUAGCUAUUUUAAUGCACAUGUUGGGUUCUUCUAUAUGUUACGCAAGAAAGCAGGUCUUAGUGGAAGGACUCCACCUCUUGGUGGUCAUUUUAUUUGCUUUAGUUGUGCUUUAACAUGAUGUGUUCAUUGAGCAUGCUGGUUUAGCUACUGUAAGUUUACUUGCUCAGUUGAGACAGUAUGUACAGUAUUUUAGAUGUGCUAGAUGUUUUUUAUGCCUUAAAGCCAGAGCUUGUCUGUUUGUUCAAUGCAUUUAUUUAAAUUAUGCUUUCUGAACCAUGUGCGGAAAGAUUUUCCUUCAUAAUCUGCAUCUACUCAACUGUGAUUUGAAUAUUAUGAAGUGCAGAUGUGAGUGCUGGCUUUAAUGAAGUUGAUGUUGCUGUGUGAAACUUUGCUUUGUCUGUUGCAGAGCGUGAUGAAGGAAAUUAAAGUGCAUUUAUUGGAGUCAGUGUUGGUGGAAUGUGUACAUGGAGAGGUAGAAAGAGCUUUGACUGGUUUGUUUGGCCUUUGUUGUCCAUGUUUCUGUGCUGAUUGACUGAAAUCAGUUAUUCUUUUCUUUCUAAACAUUGUUUUAUUGACCAAUGGAUAAUUUAAUGUAGUCUAUAUAAUGAAAACUACCUGGUUUGUUCUUUUGUAAUGAAAGUGUGAAUAAAGAUCAAUUUUAUAUUGUA